AUGUCGUUAGUUAAGUUAGCCAAUAGCUGUGCUCAUAUUCAAAAUUGCUCAAGAGUGAGAAGCACUCUUACAUCAAUUCCAUAUACUAAGUUGCAUUUACAAUUCGCCUAUUCUUUGUACAAACAUGGAUUUUUAUCAUCUUUACAGAAAGGCAGCACCAAAGGGCCAGAUGAAACUACCGUUGAAAUAACCCCCGACAAUAUAUCCACUAGAAGACUGUGGAUUGGGUUAAAAUACAGGGAAAAUAAGCCUAUAAUAAGUGCAUGCACGUUAAUCUCUAAGCCCAAUACUAGAGUGUACCUAACUCAUAAUGACAUGAGAAAGCUGUGCUCUGGUAGCUCUGUAAGAUUGAUUAAGCCGUUGCAGCCGGGUGAACUCAUGUUAGUGAGGACUGAUACAGACGUUAUCGACAUAAAUGAAGCUAUUGCUAAAAAAAUUGAUGGUGAAGUUUUAUGUAGAGUGAAAUGA